AUGGAGGCGAGCCUGACGUGUGCCGUGUGCCUGUCGCUGUUGGAGGAGCCGGUGACGCUGCCGCUGUGCUCGCACAACUUCUGCCGGGGCUGCGUGCUGGAGUGCCUGGCCUCGGCCGAGGCCGCCCGCCUGCGGCAGCUGCAGCGGAGCCCGGGGCAGGCCCGACUCGGCCGCGGGGCGCCGGGGCCGGUCCCGGGCCCGCCCUGCGCCCGGGUGCCGUGUCCGCUGUGCAGGAAGCUGUGCCUGCUGCCCCGCGGCGGAGUCGCCGCCCUGCCCGUCAACACCACCCUGGCGGAGGUGGUCAAGCUCUACCGGUCCGGCGCGGCGGGCGCCGCCGCGACCGGGGAGGUGGCGUCGGGGCUGAAGCCGGGGUCCGACCUGCUCUCCCCGCCGGCGUUCGGGGGAAGCUGCCAGAAACACCCGAGCCGGCCGGUGCAGCUCUACUGCCGCAUGUGCCGGCAGGCGGGGUGCGGGCAAUGCGUCUCCGAGGAGCAUCAGGGCAUCUUCCACUCUGUCAACCUCAUAGACACGGUGUACCAGGAGGAAAAAUUAACCUUCUUUAGCACUCUGAAACAAAUGAGAAUGAUAAAUGAGAAGCUGGAGAAUGAGAUCUCAAAACGACCGAAUGAUAUAGAUGUAAUGCUGAAAAAUGAUAUGGAGAUAAUUGAGCUGAAAUUUGGAGAAGUUUUCAAAACUCUAGAAAUGAAAAARCAGCAGUUACUAGAAGAUGUUGAAAGUCAAAGAGUUAAAAAAGAAGAAGAGUUUCAGAUUUGGAAGAAAAUGAAAGAAACUCACAAGAAGACCAUUGAAAAUUUUUUGAAGGAUUGUGAAAAGCUUGUCCAUGAGUGUGAUCCUCAGUGUUUCCUGGAGGUUGCCUGUGGCUUGAAUACAAGAAUGAAAACUCAGCUUGAUGUGAUGAAUAUAGCAUCCAGCUGGGAAAAACCACCAGUGUAUAUGCCAAAGAAGAUAGAUAUCAAACCUGUGAUUAAUGAAAUUUUAACAUUGGAGUUAACAACUGCUAAUGCAGGCAUUGUUAAAGAUCUGCCUUAUGAAGGAAAUGAGAGCUCAACUCCAUUUAAAGAUAUCUUAAAGCAGUGGCAGGAUCAGAAGAAUAUACCCAACAAAUUUCUUCCUGUAGCAGGACAGGAUGAAGCAGACGGUAGCAGGAUCCCUACUCGCUUUAUGUCAAUAUCAGAAAUGUCAGCAUUUCAAAAUAUGAGUCAUGAGGAAUUACGUUACAAAUAUUAUAUGGAACUUCAGAAGCUCCCCAGUGUGUUUAAGACUCAAAAUUUCCCUGCAAAUAAGAAGUAUAAAUUUGUAACUUCUGAGGCCUCCAAGAAGUCCUCAGGAACUUCUUUUUUAUCUUCACCUACCAAAGCAAAUAACACAGAAAGAAUAAAAAUGGGAACCCUGCGACGAGCUGGUGGCUUUGAGAAAAGAAACUUUUCUGGAAUCAGUGCUCUCAGUGUCCCAUCCACAAAUACAAUGUUUUCUGAAAUGAAUGGUGACUUAAAAUUAUUUCAUGAAGGAAGUGCACAGGAAGUAUCCGCUCCAGCCCYGUCAGAAAACUCUCCAGACCUGUCAAUUAAAGAAAAAUUGCCAAGACAGACAUCAUCAGUUAGUGUUUCCAACGAAAUGGAUUCUAAUUCUAGCACCACUUUSGAUUUAAAACCAGGAGCAACAGGGGCUGUUACUGUUUCAAAUUCAGAAUCUGUGGAUGUUUCUGCAGAGAGACCUUCAGGUGUGCCUUUUACCUUCAGUGCAUCUAACAACUCAUUACCAAGAUUCAGUAAAGAUAAAGGUACAUUUUCCAUUAAAAAGCAAGACAAGAAAUGUGCUUUUCCUCAGUUUUAUUUAGGGACAUGUGAUAAGGUGGAUAAAACCAAUAACCAGGAUAAACAUGGUUCUGAAACCAAAAAUGUUUGCAAUGAUUCAACCAGUCCUAAUUUAAACUCAACAGAAAGUGAGAAACCACACAUUUUGUUUCCCUUUGGCAAUUCAGAAAGAGAUUGGUUUGCAGGAUCCAAAGCCAGCACUUCAUCUAAGGUUUUACCAUCAUCCUCAUUUUCUAACCAAUCUGAGAAGCCAUCUGACAAAAAAACAUUGUCUCACAUGACAGAAAAAACACUUUGUGCAAAGGAACCUGCAGGAUAUAGUACACAGAAACCAUCUGUCUUAGGGGAACAAAAACCUCACGCCUCAGAAUCCAGCACAACUGUAGCUUGCAGUGCUUCAGCACCUAACUCUACAGCUGGGGGUAAUUGUGUAUCCAAGUCCCCUGUUCUAAACAGUAAUUGUGCAUUUUCCUUCAAAAGUAACUUUUCAUUGCCUUCACCAGUGUUUUCAUUUGGAGGUAUGCUGACUUCUUCUGUGUUUUUUUCUGGAAACAGAACAGAAAARAUGGGAAAGGAGAAGAUGAAAUCUCCUGACAAAACAUUUCUAAAUCUAGGGAAGCCUGUAUCUUCAGAGUGUGCUGARUCUGUUUCUUUUCAGAGUUAUCAAAAAUGUGAAGGCUCACGCUUGCCUAUGAAUUCAUCUAAAAACAUUGAAAGGGCAGAAAGGCUUGGUGAUGAUAACAUUCCUUGUCAGCCUUUAUGUUCAGGAGUCCUUCCCAUUGAAUAUGAGAAUGCACCUUCCACUCAACUCAUUACAGCAACAAAACAAGAAAAGAAGGUAAAAUAUGAAGAAACCGUUGCUGAAAACAACUGUGUGUGUCCUAGAAGGAAAGGUGAACCUGAGCCUGUACAGUUUCAGAACACAGCUUGUUCUGUUCCUGGCACAUGCAGUGAUCCAUCUUUAGGAGGUUCUGUGCUUGUAGUAAAUGAGACAGGAGGAAUGCUAAGAGACAGCACUUCUGACACUGAAGAGCCAAGUCAAACAUCUGUCUCUACUGAUACCAGCCAUGCAUCGGAAUAUUUUUCUGUUGCUGAAGAUAAUAUGUCUGCUAGAAGGAAAUCAGAUAUGAAGAGUGACUGCAAAGGGAAUUAAACUGAUAUUAAAUAAAUUCUAUUUAAUGCACUAAAAGGUGGGGAUACUUGUGAUUUUACAGCUGUUCUUUCCCCCAAUUCUUGCUAAUUGAGGUAUCUGAGUUGGAAAUGUACUGCUUAUGAGCAGUACAAUGCAAUGAAGUGAUUUUUUUAUAGUAUAGUCACGAACUCAAGGAACGACCAAAAAUGUAAUGUCCUGAUCAAGACCAAAGCAUGGCCAUAGUUGCUGCAUCUUCAAAAAUGCAAAUCUUCUGGGUUACGUUUGGGGUUGGAGAACUGAGGUGUCCCAGAAAGUGGGUUGGGUGAAGCCUCAAUAGCAGGAGACAGUAAAUCACUGUCUGGGUACAGCAGCACUUGCACUUAAAUGGUGCAAGAGCAUUCAUCUCAGGCAGGGAGGAAAGAGAGUUGCAAUGAAAGUAAAGAAUAUUGAAGGCAUUGCUGGAUAUAGUUUUGCCUGUCUUCAUUUGGCUGUUUCUUUUUCUGUGAUGUGUUUAAUGUAUAUUGAAGGUGCAAGUUCUAGCGYCAUUUUCAAUAACUCCUCUCAUACUUUUGGAACUGAAGUACUCCAUCAGUGUUCUUGUUAUACACUGCAGAAGGGUGUCAGCUACACUUCUGAAAUGCUGCCUUCAGUAAAAAGAAACAUCACAAUUAAAUUUCAGUUCUUUUUGGCAAGUUCAAAGUUUGGGAAUACUUGGUCAGAUAUUAACUUGCUGUUUUAAUGAAAGCUUUUGGAGAAUCUAGCUCUCAAAAUACAAAUUUUCUUUUAAAAUCUGUGUGUAAUGACAAGAAGAAAUGAAAACAGUACUCCUCACUCUAUGUGUUAAUGAUUUAGAACUCAUGCAAUUUUUAGUCUGUAAAACAGUAUACAAAGUAAGGAUAAGAAGACUCUUUUCUACUUUGCUGGCCAUUUUGUUGGAUCCAAGGGACAACUGUGUUUUAGUGGAAUACACAGACAGUAGUACUAUUUUAAAAUAAAGCUGUUUUGUUUACUGUUCACUCUUCAGCAAAAGCUGAUGCUGAUUUUAAAGAAAUUMAUUCAGUAUUAGAUAAAUAUGUCAACUGGCAAGUAUUAAAUCAAAAUGCAGAAUGUUUAAUAUUCCAUCAGAAUUUUUCACUGGCAACUAGAAAAAUGAAUAAUCUGCUAAUUAGCUCUGUAAGGCUGUAAGAAAAAUAUUACUUAAAUCUCUGCAAUACUUGCAGAUAUACUUACUGUGACAUAAUACUUAGAAACUAUUCUUAGUUUAGGAAAUGUUGACCUAAUUUUGUGUUCGAUUCUCGGCCUUAACUUUUCUGUCACAGUGCAUUCCUUUAUUAAAUGUGYUGAAAAAAUAGUUUCUAGUAUUUGUAAUACUUAAUAUUACUGCUCUGUUUGCAUUAUAGUAAGGAAGGUGGUGAAAAUUCUCUUUAUGGUUAUUUUUUUUAGUUCUUGAUGUUCAUCCCGUAAAUCUUACUGUAUUUCAGUUUUCCUCUGAGAUUUUUUUCUGCUGUUAUCUGUAGACAUUCUUGUCAUGUUCUGCAUGUGUAGGAGAGAAAUGUUAAUAUUGAUUCAAAUCACUGGAAGACAAAGGCUGAGUGAGAUGCUAAUGGCCAAGAGUAUCACAGGUGGAGGUUGGUCUCAGUAAUAAAAGUGAGAGAAAUUGAACAAUUUUAAUAAGGCACCUGUACAAUUAAUUGCGAGAAAGUUGUAGAAAAUGUUAGUUUUCUUCUACAGCGACAAAAAAAACUUAAUGAACUAGGGUUAAUCAGAAACCAUAAAAAGUUUCUUAAACUUACUUAUUUUCAACGUGUCUUCUAUUCAUUUCUCUUGUUUCAUGAGAGCUUGAUAAACUUUCAUGCAGAUACUUUGUCUUUUUGUGAAAAGAUACCAUCCUAGAAUCAUAAAGCAAAUAGACUAUGAUGCACUGGUUUUGAAAGUAGAAAUGGGGGGUUUGCUACAGUCCUAGGACUGCUUUUCAGUCAUAGUUGUGCCAUGUUAUAGCUCAGCAUUAAGGUUUUACAGGGCAAGUAAGAUUUGCACAGAAACCCCCAACAAAGAGAUACUCGCCCCACUGCCUUGGCCAUACUACGCUGACCUAGAAGGGAGUCCUUCCCAGUUUCCUGAAAAUUAUGUGAGAUGGUACAGAAUAACCUCUCGUCCUAGGCAUGCCUCUUCCUGGCUACUAACUCUGUCCUGKCUGGAAGCAGGACAGUCAGUGAUUUUGGAUGAACACCAGAGCUAAUUCAAAGAAAUGGGAUUCAGAGUUGUUCUUACUGCAUGUUUUGCUUAUUAUCUGUGGAAAAUAACUUGUAUCAGCAUCUUGGUUAUCAUCAUAAAAUUCUGUGUGACAAUGAAGACUGUUGUCAAAGCCUUCCUAGAGUAUCUAAACUUAGCAAUGUGUGUACGUAUUUUCAGAUGACAGGUAGAUGAAAAGGCUGUGUUAAACUGUAGCAUUUGCCUGAAAAUAAUUC